AAUUUUGUUCCCUCGGUAGAUCUGCAAAUCCCUUCAGAUCUACGCCAAACUCCGGCUAUCCAUGGCUCUCCUCCGGCUGCUUCCUCUGUUUCUUUCCCUCUUUGUUUCUCUCUCCGUCGCCGAGAUCCGGUUCUCAGAGAUCCGCUCCGACAGCCGUCCCAUAAUCCCUUUCGAUAAGUUUGGCUUCACCCACGCCGGACGUCUCGAGCUCAACGUCUCCAACAUCGACCUCUUGAAUCGUAAACCGGAGCUCGAUCUUUCCAAGGUCGGGUUCUUCCUCUGCACCAACGAUGCGUGGCUGCACGUGCUCCAGCAACUCGAAGAAGGCGAUCUCUCGUGCGCUCUCCAAUCCGAUCUCGUCAAGCUGGUGUUGACCUUCAAGUCGCUCAACGGUAAGAAGAGUUUUAAUAAAUUCUAUCAAGAAAAUGAUGCUGAUCAGUACACCCUUGUGUUCGCUAACUGCCUCAGUCAGGUCAAAGUAUCUAUGACCAUCCGAUCGGCGAUGUACAAUCUUGAUGGGAAAACUAAACGCCCGGAUUAUCUCUCUGCCGGCAAGACAGUUCUGCCUAGGGUUUAUUUUCUACUUUCACUAGUUUAUUUCGGUCUCGCAGGGCUUUGGAUCUAUGUCUUGUAUAAGAAACGACUCACUGUUUUUAGAAUUCACUUCUUUAUGCUUGCUGUGGUUAUCUUGAAAGCCCUGAAUCUCUUAUGUGAAGCAGAGGAUAAAUCCUACAUUAAGCGAACUGGAAGCGCUCAUGGGUGGGAUGUGUUGUUCUAUAUUUUCAGUUUCCUGAAGGGAAUCACGCUGUUUACCUUGAUUGUUUUGAUCGGUACUGGGUGGUCGUUUUUGAAACCUUAUCUGCAGGACAAGGAGAAGAAGGUGUUGAUGAUUGUGAUUCCCCUUCAGGUUGUGGCAAAUAUUGCUCAGGUUGUAAUAGAUGAGACCGGGCCAUUUGGGCAGGACUGGAUCACAUGGAAGCAGGUGUUUUUGCUGGUCGAUGUUGUGUGUUGUUGUGCAGUGUUGUUCCCAAUUGUUUGGUCAAUUAAGAACUUGCGUGAGGCUGCCAGAACAGAUGGGAAGGCUGCCGUCAAUUUGAUGAAGUUGACCCUGUUCAGGCAGUACUACAUUGUGGUCAUCUGUUAUAUUUACUUCACUCGGGUUGUGGUGUAUGCUUUGGAGACAAUUACCUCCUAUAAGUAUCUUUGGACUAGUGAGGUUGCUGAGGAGCUGGCAACACUUGCAUUUUAUUUGUUCACUGGGUAUAAGUUCAAGCCUGAGGCGCAUAACCCAUACUUUGUCAUUGAUGAUGAGGAAGAAGAGGCUGCAGCAGAGCAGUUGAAGCUUGAGGAUGAGUUUGAGUUGUGAGUUACUUGUGCACCUUGUUCGGAGAUGGUGAAUGAUUGAAGAAGGUGAUCAAAAUUGAGAUACCGAGGGUAGAAACCUGAUUGUUACAAUGGAUACGGCUUGUUCAAUUUCAUGUGUAUAGGCACAAACCAUGAUAGUCCUCUGUGUGUGUCUUACCUAUUUUCUUUUCUCCUUAAAAGUGUUGUGCGCAGACUUUACUUUUUGUAGUGGUAGGAUAAUUUCUUAUAAUGUGAAUUGAUUAGUAUGUGUAACUAGUGAUACUAAAUCCUUUUAGUUACUCUUCUUCUCAAAUUCCUGUGGUUUUAUUUGCUAAUUGUGGUGAUUUUUGAUUGAGCAUUGUAGUUCUAAUAUUCUAUGCUACUCUUUAUAACUUCCAAAGAGAUUUGCCUUUAACUGGCACAUUUGUUCUUAACUAAUAAAUUUAUGUGUUUUAGCUGUGGUAAGUACCAUACACUGAUUUGAAAUGAAGGCUUCAUUGAUUUGUAACAUAAAACUAAUAUGGAGUUGAAGAUUCUCUUUACAAAGUUUGGUCUUCAAAUAGUUGAAGAAUGUUCUAUAAGUUGUCACACUUGGAAAGUAAUCAAGAUCUGUUACUUGUGAAGCACUUUAGAGGAUGACAGAUGUUGUCCAUGAGAAUCAAUCUUGAUAUGAUCU